AUGGCCAGAAGAUCUUCUGUACCCUUGAGGACAAACGGCCGCAUCCCCGCCAUCGUCGACAAGACCGGCGGGAAGGAUAAACGCAUUUUCGAAGGCGCUUCUAUUCAACUCUACCUGUGCGAGAAAUACGACAAGGACCACAAAAUUUCCUUCCAAUACGAUUCCGAUGAGUACUGGGAAAUGGUCGAGUGGCUCUUCUGGAUGCAAUCCGGCCUUGGUCCAAUCCAGGGCCAAGCCAACCACUUCUACCGCUACGCACCCCACAAGGACGACUACGCCAUCAAACGCUACCAGACCGAAACAAAGCGACUCUACGGCGUAUUAAACGACCGCCUCAAAUCAGAAGGGACGGGUUGGCUGGUUGGUGGGAAGUAUACCAUCGCAGAUCUUUGUUGCUUCAGCUGGGUUAACUGGGCAGAAUGGGCUGGAAUUGAGACGAGUUCGUUCCCGGAGCUGCAGAGGUGGUUGGAGGCGAUUCAGAAGAGGGAUGCCGUGGAGAGGGGGGUGCAUGUGCCGGAUCGGUUUGAGAUGAAGGAGGCGAUGAAGACGAAGGAGGGGCAGGUGGAGUAUGCGAAGCAUCAUAGUUAUUGGGUUAUGCAGGGCAUGAAGGAGGAUCAGGAGAAGCAUAAGUAG